AAUAUGUUUGGUUAUGAAAAUAUGAUAACGUAUUAUCAAAGUAACCUCGCGACAUCAACGGUACAGCUACAACAAGCUGCAACAGACCGCAUUUUCGCGCUCGGCGUUCGCCAGUUUACAAUUUAUUUUCGGAAUAUUUUUCAAUAAAUUAUUGGAUCCUGAUUUUAAGUACCUAUAAAAUUGUUCCUCGCACAUUAAAAUGUCGAGCACUGAUUCUGAUGAUAGUUUAGAACAACCUCUUUGGAAAAAAAUUAAACUAUCGGAUAUAAAUGAACAAUCAUCUGAUAGAGAUAUUUCAAUCGACAAAGAUAAUCAAAAUUUCGAUGAAAUUGAAAUGGACAAUUAUUUUGAUCUCAAAGACCAAAAUUUGAAUAAAAAUCUUUCUUCUGGAGUAUCUGAUGAUGAAGAUUAUAAUAUUAAUAAAUAUGAAGAUAGUGGAAGUGAAGAUUAUGUACCCAUUUCUGAUGGUGAAUUUGAGUUAGAAAAGUAUGUAAUAAAUGAAACAAAUUCCAAGACUAGUGAUAAUGAAAAAUCUAAUGAUGAAUCUGUUAAAGAUGUUGACGAUGAUGACAAUAAUUAUAAAAAUAGUGAAAAAAUAAAUACUGAACCAUAUACAUCCAUGGGUAUAGAUAAUAACGAAGUAUAUGAUUUACUAGAUAAAGCUUAUAGAGACAAAAAUAAAACCCUCAGUGAACAUAAAAAGAAAACUGUUACUCAAGAUGACUAUAAAGAAUAUGAAAAAAUUGUGUUAGAAGAAGUAUGUAAAAAUCAUUUUGAUAUAUUACCUGAAAAUUGGAUUGAAGCCGUUCAUAAAAGUGGCAUGCCUAUUUAUUUACACAAGAAAACCAGAGUUGUGACAUUAUCAAGACCCUAUUUUUUAGGACCAGGUGAUCCUAAAUCACAUUUAGCCCCGUUGUCAGCAAUUAGUUGUUUACAAUAUCAAAAAGGUCUUGAGAAUAAAGAAAUUAUGAAAAAUGAACCUGAUUUUCAGAUUAGUAAACUUGGAGAUAUGAUUAUACCAAAUGCUAAAGUAGAGACUGUACAAGAAAAUAUUAUUAAAGAAUCCUUAACACAUGCAGAACUUCGAAAAUAUUGUCAAUCAAUAUUUAAGUUUAAGAUUAAAAAAGAAAAAUCUUCUUGUAAAAUGCUGGAAAAGGAUAAUAUAAAAACAGAAAUUUCUAGUAACACACUAAAGAGUACCAAAGAAAGACCUUCACUUCCAGAUAGUACUAAACUAAUAUCAUUUCCAGUUCAAACUAAGGAUCACGAUAAACAAUGUAAUCGUCGUCGUGAAUGGAUAUUGAAUCCCAAUGGUAAAAGUUAUGUGAGCAUAUUACAUGAAUAUUUACAACAAGCAUUGCAAACCCAACCUUGGUAUGAGUUUACAGAACUUGAAAAUACAGAAACACCUUUUUCUGCUACUGUUAUACUUAAUGAUGUCCAAUAUGGUGUCGGUGUGGGUUAUAGUAAGAAACAAGCAAAACUUAAUGCUGCUCAAGCCACCUUAGAUAUAUUGAUACCGGAAAUGAAAAAUAAAAUAGACUCAGAUAUUAAAAAUCAACGUGAUCCAGUAAUAUUUGACCAAAUUAAAGUCACUGACCCUAGAAUUACUGAAUUCUGCGCUAAAACCACAGAACCUAGUCCGUAUUCUAUGUUAUUAGUGUGUUUACAAAGGAAUUUUGGUGAAUGUGAAAUAGCUACUGAAUAUAAAUUAAACAUACGUCAAAGAAUGUUAAAUCAAUGCACAAUGACGGUUGGUAAACACACAGCUUCUGUUGCUUGUAAAAAUAAAAGGGAAGGCAAACAAAAAGCUUCUCAAAUAAUACUGGGUUUAUUACAUCCACACAUUGAUAAUUGGGGUUCAUUGUUAAGGCUUUACGGUAAUCGUAGCAUCAAGAACGCUAAAGAAAAAAAACGAGAAGAGUUAGAAAUCACUCAGCUUCAAAGUAAAGCUGUUGCGAAUCAACCUAAUUUUGCUAUAUUAAAUAAACUUAAAGAAGAAAUGUUAAAAAUUCGGGACCAAAGAAAAUUAGAAGAAACCAAUGAAGUGUUAGGACUACCCCAGACAAUGGUUAGUACAACAUGUCCAUAUACUAUAGAAAUUCCAUCAUCUUCAACAAGUUCUAACUAACAAAUAAUUUUGACUGAUUUAUUCUUCUCUGUGUCGUUCAAUUUUAAUAACUUCUGAUUUUCAAUUUAUUGUAUUAAGAGGAUGCCGCACCCGCAUAUGUUGUCUACAUACAACAUAGCAAAUUUUCAUUCAGCUCUAUUAAUUUUAUGCUAACAGCAUAAAAUUGAUUCCACAGAAAAAAAUUUGCUCUGCAAUUUGUAUGUAAGGAGGAGAAAACAUGUGGCCUGUAUGGCAUCUUCUUACUAUGUAUUUCAAAUGUUUUGUUUCUAAUAGUAAUGUUAAGUAAUUAUGACUAUAAUCACAUUUCCUUAUAGAAAUUUCUUGUUGUAAUUAAAUUCCACUUAUCAAUAUUAUGGAUAGUCAUUAUUAUUUUUAACUGUAAUACCUUUUAACAUAUUUAUCUCCUAUAUAUAAAUUUAUAUUAUUAGUAAAUAUUUAUUAAAUUUAUUAAUUAUCUUAAUUUAUAACCAUAUACUUAAUGUUAAAUUGUACUGUAUGUAACAAUAACCCUGGACCUCCACACGAGUCUUCUCAGUGAGGCCCAGUAUUCUUGUGAGAAUUUUACUUAAAUAAAUAAAAUAACUAAUACCUAAUUAAUUAAUGUAAGUGAUAAAAUUAGAUAUUAUCCUAUACUACAAUUUAAUUAGUUGUUAACCUAAAAAUUAAUACUUAAUCUUGCAAUGUUUAUGAUAAAUUUGUAAUAAAUUAUGUUAUUUUGAAAUUA